AUGAAUCUGGAAGAAAUUGCAAGAUUAUGCCAUGAUAUAACUCAAUCAUAUUUGGAUAUUUCAGAAGGAGUAUCGCCAAUUAUAGUGGAAACUCAAGAAGCUAUUAAAUUGAGCAGAAAACAUAUCAUGGAGGAAAUUUUCAAUCGAUGGUGUCCAAUAAGUGGUGAAAUUUCCUUCUCUUAUAAUGGUGGGAAAGACUGUCAGGUAUUACUAUUGAUAUAUUUAGGAUGUUUAUGGAAAUACUACCUUGAUAAUAAGGACAAAUUUAAUUGGGAUAAGUUCCCAUUGGAGAGGUUACCUACAGUUUUCAUUGCCUCAGAAGAGACAUUUACUUCAUUAGAAUUAUUUAUUAAUUCUAGCGUAGAAAGAUAUAAUCUAAAUCUUUAUAAAUCACAAUUGGACAAGACAAGAAAAAUUAGCAUGGCAGAGGCAUUUGAUAUAUUCUUGAAAGAAUAUCCUAUUACUAAGAGUAUUUUAAUUGGUGUUAGGCGCACAGAUCCAUUUGGAGAACAUUUAUCACCAAUUCAAAAGACUGAUUUGAAUUGGCCAAGCUUUGUACGCCUACAGCCAUUACUGCAUUGGAAACUAGCUCAUAUAUGGAGUUUCCUACUUUAUUCAAAUGAACCUAUAUGUGGAUUAUAUAGUGUUGGGUUCACAUCAAUCGGUAGCAUCUCACAGACUACACCAAAUCCAUCAUUGAAGAAACUCACAAACUCCGAAGAUAGCAAGUUAUCGUUAUCAUUCGAUUGGGAAAUAAAUAACUCCUAUCCAAAUUCCAUGGUGAAGAAAAGUGAAGUCAACAUAUCGAAAUUAACCGAUGAAGAUAUCACUCUUCUAUCAACAUUUGGAGAGUUUCACCCAGGUUGGUAUCUAAUCGAUGAUAAAUUAGAGAGAUCGGGACGUAUCAAAAAGUAA